AUGGGGGUAAUUCAGGCGCUUUGUUCGUUUGUAACGUCGAUGCACGCGUUCAACAAGUUGGAGUGGAUUGUCGCCGGCAAGUUGAAGAUUGUUUUCCUUCCCAAAUCGCCGUUGAUCUUGGUGGCGGCGUCGCACACCGGCGAUUCGACCAAUCAAUUGUCGUUGUUGCUCAUUUACGUCUACCAGCAUAUCUUGAGCGUACUGACGUUGUCACGAUUGACGAGGAUCUUCGAACAACGCAAGAAUUUCGACCUCCGUCGUCUUUUGGGAGGCACUGACAAGAUCAUCGACAAUUUCUUGAAUAGCACCGAAACCGACCUGUCCGUGGUCUUGAACGCGUUCCGUUGCCACGCCAUGCCGUUCAGCCUGCGAGAGUCGAUCGUGCAGACAAUGGUGCAGUACUGUGCGAAAGCUAAGGCAAUGGUGUUUGCUGUGCUGUUGUUCAAUAAUCGGGUUAUCGCGUUGGCCGGACGGAAAAAGAGCUUUUUAAACGCGCAUAUUUCCUACCUUGGUGACCACUGUCCGACUUGUUUGGUGCUUUUCGGAAUCGAUGUGUCAGGUUUUUUCACAAUGUCCGAAAUAAAAAAGAAUAUUCUAGAGGUAAUAUUAAGCUUGUCUCACGUUUCUUGCUUCGAUUUGGUGCUGCAACGUUGAAA